AUGGGCUUCAAUGAUUCCCUCAAGCGCCUCUUUGCACAAUCUUCUUCCACCCUAAGCAGAUACCUUCCUCCGCUCAAUUUCAUCACCCUUCACUAUGCCUAUUUCAUUGUCAUAUGUCUCAUUUCUUCCGUCAUCUUUUGGGGAUCCUCCGAUCCGUCCUUCAAGGUCAGCUAUACCGACAGCCUCUUUCUCGUGGUAUCUGCCAUGACCGAGGCUGGCCUGAACACGGUCAACCUCAGCCAGCUCACGACAUGGCAACAAACCAUUCUGUUCCUACUUCUUCUCCUUGGCAGCACCAUUUGGGUUUCCAUCUGGACCGUCUUGGCCCGCAAACACGUCUUCGAGAAACGCUUCGAUGAAAUCGUCCGAGCAGAGCGCGCGCGCAAGCUCAGCCGUCAAGGCAGCACCUUAUCGCUGGCUAUGCCGCGCCUUCCAUUGAACUUACCCAAGUUACAAUUGGCACUGUCGUUCGGCAGGGCCCAGACUGUCCCGCCGCCGGAGCAGGCACUCAAAGGGACGGGCACACGUCUUCCGGAGACCGGUGACUCCGCGCCAGAAUCCAAAUACCAGGACGCGAAUGCUACUCAAGCCCCUCCUCGAUUUCGAAGGACCGCGUCCAUGCCGAAUGACGAGCACAGUCAGGGGUCCAAAGACAUUGAUGAGGUAGUUGACUCCCAGAACCCAGGCCACAUCACUUUCGACGACACACCCCACCCAAAUGCCAACAACGCCGGUCACGCCGUGUCAACGGCUGUCUCUUUUCCUGAUGAUGGGGCAGCGCUUCCAUCCAGAAGAGUCACCAAAGCACCAAUGGACUCGGCCGAUGUCGACCUUGACGCUCGCCAUUUCUUGAGGCAUCAUUCUGCUAGUCGCAAUGGCCAGUUUCAUGGGCUGAGCAGUGCCGAACGCGACCAUCUUGGCGGCUGCGAAUACCGUGCUCUCAAGGUUCUGGCUCUUUUGGUGCCGGUGUACUUCUUCCUCUGGCAGGUUCUUGCUUGCAUAGCUCUCGGUGCUUGGAUGAACAAUUAUAUGCCCAACACGGCAAGAGCCAAUGGGAUCAAUCCAUGGUGGCUUGGUAUAUUCAACGGCGUCUCGGCCUUCAACAACUCGGGCAUGUCACUCUUGGAUGCGAACAUGAUUCCUUUUCAGGACGCUUACUAUGUCUUGAUCACUAUGGGACUGUUGAUACUGGCUGGCAACACCGCAUAUCCUCUCUUCCUCCGCCUCAUCAUCUGGUCUUCCCUCAAGAUCCUAAACACAGCCACGCCCCAAGACGCCUUCAACGAUCUCAAGGCUACUCUGGAAUUCAUCCUCAAGUAUCCCCGUCGAGUCUACACAAACCUCUUUCCGUCAAGACCAACCUGGUGGCUCUUCUUCAUGCUACUAUGUCUCAACUCAGUGGACUGGGUUGCGUUUGAGAUUCUCAAUAUUGGAAAUUCAGUUAUCGAAAAAAUCCCAGUCGGAUCCCGAGUCAUUGAUGGUCUCUUCCAAGCCUUGGCUGUACGUUCCGGCGGCUUCUACGUAGUUCCCAUCUCGGGGCUCUUCAUCGGUCUGCAAUUACUCUAUGUCAUCAUGAUGUACAUCUCAGUCUAUCCAGUCGUCAUUACCAUGCGCCACUCCAACGUCUACGAGGAGCGAUCGCUGGGCAUUUACAGCGAUGACGUUUCAUCCACGUCCGAAGAAGACGUCGAAGCAGCCGCGUCUUUGCUGCCGAUGGGAAGCCGUCCACCAACACUCGCCCGUACCACCAGCUUUAGUGCGGCUUCUGCACGACCUUCUGUCUUGGCUCGUCGCUUAAGCCAGUCGAGAGGCGUGUCUGACGCCCGGCGCGCGUUCAAGAGUACAUUCAUGAGCUUCCACGGCGUUGGCGUUGCGCCCUCAAAGCCUGGCUCCGGCGCGGUAGAUCCAAAUCUCCCCGAGAGCCGCAUCAGCUUCAUCAGCCAGCAGGUCCGCGGACAACUGGCCCACGACCUCUGGUGGUUGGUUUUGGCGGUACUGAUCAUCACAAUUAUCGAAACAUCCAAGUUCAUACAGGAUCCCGUCACCUUUUCCGUCUUCAACAUCAUCUUCGAAGUUGUCUCGGCCUAUGUUUUUGCGGCGCUUGGCAUACUGGGAGCAAGCUCAUACUAUGCCUUGUAA